CGAAGUAAAGGGGAGGAUUCAAAGAAUCUAUGGCCAACUCACAAAUUUUUUCGACGCCUUUGGACGACUGAACCAUCUACACAGGGCAACUAUGGCAACCAGCUACAACUUAGCGCCAGUGGGAGAGGGUGCAGAUCCUUCAACGUCUCGCGGUUCUCUUUCCGUACCCGAUCGAAAUCCGGACUACAGCACACUGGAAGUCUUACCGGAGGGCACCCUUGAAGUCGACAGAAGCGCUUCUUUACCCGAAGUCGAUCCAGGCACUGAUCCGGAAGCCAUACCCAAGUCAGCUUAUCCGCCAGCCUAUGCGUCAACCUAUUCAGGCGCCGCUCAAGAAAAGAGGCAUACCGAUUCCCGCAAGUGGCUUUGGAUAGUGUUCAGCAUCGUCGUCUUCAGCAUCGGAAUUGGUGUCGGCGUGGGUGUGGGGGUUGGAGUGUCUCGUGGGGAAAAGUCUUUCACCGGAUCGAAUGAUGACGCAUUAUUCCAAGGCAGAGUAAAUCCAAUCUCGAACCUGGCGGCCACGAACUACACAGAUACGGAAGGAAACGAGCACUCGCAAGUGUACUAUCAAGAUGGAUCGUUACAGAUCUGGAUGGCGGAUUGGGACGAGUCGACCAACAUUUGGAGUCUAUCUCGGGUGCAAGCAGUAGAUAACACUACAGCCAUCGAUCCGAAGAAUGGGACAGCAAUAGCGGCGUACAACUACUGGCCCGACAAUAACCCCGACAACCAAAGCGAUUUCAAACUCGCUUUCAUGGACAAUAGCAGCACCGUCCACGUCGUCUGGGCCUUCAACCGCGACACUCACAACUGGAAAAUGAAUGACGAUAAAAUCGUUGCGGUGCGGGCUUCUCCAGACACUAUCCUGGCAGGGUACUCGCGACAAUGUCCCAGCGAGACAUGCGCAAGCUCGGCUUUCACAGUCUACAGUGACGUUCGCGGCUACCCCAACAUCAAAUAUCCCAGCGACAACUACGACGGAUGGGUCCUGCCCGCGAAUGUAAGUGCCGACAAGUGGACCACUGUAGCCGUGGUCCCGGUCCCGAAAAGACCGAGACAGAGAGACGAGGUAAAGCGCAUUGCCAUGUACCUGCGCAGCAGUGAUGGGAGAAUGUUGGAGCUGCACCAGGCCGAAAACAGCACCAAAUGGUUCAACAUAAACUCGACUGCAGCAGGCAAUCUCACCAUCGACAAAGGCAGCAAAAUAGCCGCCAUGUCGAACUUGGGCGAAGACCAGUUCUUCAACGCACAAGUUCUGACAUCGAAAACAAAUGGCGGGGUGAGGUUGUCCUACUUGGGCAAUGGCUCGUGGUCCUCGGUCGAUUCUGUCAAAAAUAUGGAAAAUGUUUUGCCGCUUUCUCCGAUUGCUGCUACGCAGGCUGGCCGUGUAUAUGCUUUCGAGGAAGGGCCGCAAAUCGUCGAGUGGUUGCGUGUUGAUGGUGAGGUACCGACAUUUAAUCGCGUGGGAGUCGUUAAUACAACCAAAGCUUAGAAAAUUGGUUCGUCGUAGGGAUACAAGGAUUCUAACGAUGUACGACUUUUAGACGACAGGGUAACGGUCGUAGGUACCUUAAUAUUAUUAUUUAUUGAAAACCUUCCUCCG